AUAAUGCCUUCAGCUGUGUUUCAAAACUCUCGAAUAUUUUUGGAUUCUCUCACCUUUGUGUGUAGUGCCUGUUGAAGACGUACCUCUUUCCGCCAGAUGUCGCUACUUUGCAAUAAUCCAUGCAAGUGCCAAUGACAGCUCCGCUCGCGCAGCUGGAACCGAAAGGUCGUCUGCUGCCUUCAGAAGCGUGCCACCACAGUUUGGUCAGGCAUCGGUUGCACGAAGAGCUACUUUAAAUACCUACUUUUAAGAAACGUCGGUACAGUAGAUAACAUCUAGGAGGAGAAAGAAAACCUUGAGAGUUGCUGAUCAUCGAUAGUGAUAAAAAAUCCUCGUCCAUAAGUCCUUUAAAAGUGUCUUUUUCAAGCUACAAUAUAACGUGUCAUCAAUGCUUAUAUCUUUCAAUUGCUUCUGUAGAAGAUCUCGGGAGGAGGAGUCUUUAGCCUACAAUUAAAUUUAUCUGAUGAAUAGACCACGCAAGUACAGGGGCAGGAUGACGAAGUUUCUAAGAUAUCGGUAAAGAGAUUCUUUCAUACGGAGUCUAAAAGCUUCUCUAAUAUUAAAGCUUAUAUACAACUGUGGCCCGAUAAUCUAUGGACAGCUUGCAUCGCACGUGAAGACACUGUAACUAGUAAAGCACUGGCCACAUUGAUUUCACUUUGAAGCUGUCCUAGCUUGUAGUUUACUACGGACUCUGAAACAUUACACUUGGAACACCGAGUCUUAUCUCGUUAAUACCAGCCUGCAUGAUCACAUACAGUAAGGUAUUCUAUUCAAGGUAUAAGAUUGUUGGAAACCUUCAACGUAUGACGUUCUGACUAUAAAAGCAUACAAAUAAGAAGGAAGCAAAGAUGUGGAGAUUUUCAGUUUGGCACCAGAUUCUCCUCUUUGUUCUAAUCUCGCCAGUUCUCGUAGCCAGUCACAAAGGAGUUUCCAUCCCGAAUUUUUCCUUACGGCCCCCACUUUUAGAUAGAGACGAAUAUGAAACUACCUACGCUUGUGAAGGAAGGGACUUAAGAGUAUCGUGUAAUGGAGGAAAACACAUACGAUUAGUGAGAGCAAAUUAUGGUAGAUUUAGUGUUAGUAUAUGUAACGACAAAGGAGUUGUUGACUGGAGCGUCAGUUGCAUGUCGUAUUGGUCAUUUCCUAUUAUGAAAGACAGGUGCAGCCACAAGUCCAGCUGUAGUAUUUACGUUUCUAGCAACACAUUUGGAGGCGAUCCCUGUCCAGGAACAGUCAAGUAUCUGGAGGUUCAAUAUUACUGUAUAUCCCCUAAUUCCUUCACCGGGUCAAGCACAGCGGACAGAUCUGAUGAAAUUAUACCUGCUUUUACGACAUCGAUCUUGCUGCCAUCUAACGACACUUACGUCAAACCAGGAAAGAAUCCCCCGACGAAUAUUGUAAAUGGAAGUCACGUCAAUUCAACUUUAUUUAGUUCAACAGCUUCAGGUGUUUUUCACACAUCCCCAAGAACAUCAACUACCACCACCACAACACCAUCAACAACAAGUACGACUAUUGCCACAACCCAAGUUUUAUCUCCAAACCUAAAGAACAAUGUGUAUCAAGACUACACUGACGAGAGUGAUGUGAAAAAACUUACCCAAGAGUUUACAUCCCCAAUACCUUUCACCCCUCACAAAAUGUGUCCACCUAUUUUCUCUAGAGAUGUGAGGUGGAAUUGGACUCUAGCUGGAGAGACAGCUGUCCAGAAAUGUCCCGGCGGAGCAACUGGGUUAGCUAGAUGGGAAUGCAGUAAAGACACAGUUAGAUGGACACCAGACGCCCCAAAAUUAAGUGGAUGCAAAUCUGUGUGGGUAGACAAUUUACGAGAACGAAUGCAAGGAGGAGAUUCUAUCACGAGUAUUACAUCAGAAAUGGCUCUCAUGACACUAACCAAAGUGCUGUUCAGUAAAGACGUAUCCCACGUGGCAACCAUUAUUAAACAGACACUGUCUCGAGCUGUGGACAGUAUGGAAAAUUUUCUGGACAGGUGGCAUCGACGCCAGGUGUUUAAAGAACUUUUAGAGUCCAUUGUAGAAACCGUUAGCAAUCUACUGAGUGAUAAGCAGAACGAAGCUUGGCAGGAUUUGACGUCAUCAGAGCGUAGGCAAGUGACAUCGGGCCUCCUGCAAGGAUUAGAGGAAGGAGCUUUGCUGUUGUCGGAGUCACUGGUACAAGAGAGUAACUUUCUGUUGGCCAAAGAAAACAUCUUAAUGCUAGUACAAGCUGUAGAUGUCAGAAAAACGCAGACUUUGGUGUUCCCUUUACCGUCUCAUGUCCGAGGUUCGAAUUGGGCCAGGGCCGAAGAUUCGUUACACCUUCCUGUCCAGUCUUUGAUAGAAUAUUCUAAUCAGGGAUUAGCUCGUAUAGUUCUACGUAUUUACAACAAGGUUGAUGAACUGCUAAAACCAGAGGCUGGUUUCCAAUCUCACGUAACUCAAGUGCAGGACACUACAAACGUUACAUGGGUCAUCAACUCUCGAGUUGUUGCCAUCACUGUGGGAAGAAGAAGGAGGUUGAGGUUGUUGGAGCCGGUACAGAUCAGAUUCAAGCACAUACAGGAAGAAAAUGUUACCAAUCCACAGUGUGUUUUCUGGGACAUUAUGUUAAGAGAAUGGUCGAAAGAAGGAUGCUGGACAGUGCAGUCGAACACUUCUCACACUUCUUGUGCUUGUAAUCAUUUAACCAACUUUGCAUUACUUAUGGAAGUGAAACCCGUUCAGCCACUUUCUUCAAAACACUUUACCCUUCAACUAGUGACCUCGUUAGGGUGUGCUAUAUGUGUAAAGUUUCUCCUGAUAACUGCAGUUUCCUUGUAUGUGUUACGAAAAUCUCAAACUGAUCGAACUACUAUCCAGAAAAACACGUGUUUUUGCCUCCUAGUGGCAGAGCUAAUCUUUGCAGCAGGCAUUAAUCAGACACAUCUUCGAGUAUUAUGUGGAUUUGUGGCUGGAAUCCUUCAUUACUUCUUUCUGGCUGUGGUUGUCUGGAUGUUCCUUGAAGGCUUCCAUUUGUAUGUGUUGUUGAUAGAAGUUUAUGACUCUGAAAAAAGCCGGGCUCGCUGGUAUUACGCGAUGGCUUACGGUAUACCAACAGUGAUUGUUGCUGUAUCAGCAAUAAUUGAUCUCCAGAGCUACGGGACCAGCGAAUAUUGUUGGUUACGAUCUGAUAAUUAUUUCAUUUUCAGCUUCGUAGGACCAGCAGCGGGCAUUCUUUUUGGUUGUACAGUGUUCCUGUGUAUUGCGACCUGUAUUACGUGUCACCAUACCAACAUUCCUACGAUUAUCAAAUGCAAAGAAGCGUCGAAGCUGAGCAAAAUCAAAAUAUGGAUAAGAUGGACCAUCGUUAUGCUAUGUUUAUUAGGCCUUACAUGGACGUCAGGUUUUCUGUAUGUCAACCAAGGAACAGAUUUUCUUGCUUACAUCUUCACGGUUCUGAACUGUAUCUUAGGCUUAUUUAUAUUUGUAUUUUACUGCCUGCAGAAUGAACAGGUACAAGAAGUCCUUUCAAAGUUCUUAGAGCGAUAUGAAUGGUUACCAAAAUGUUUUGUUCCUACCAAGCCAAGAGAACAGUCGAGGGACGAGCUCUCAGGAAGAGUUACAAUGCCAACCAACUUGCCGCCAAGCCAACACAGUAUUCCACAGCAUCUCAAAACCACUCAAGCUCAGAACUGUUUUACUUCUCCAAAGUUCACCACACAAGAUCACCUAUCUACGUCAAUAGUAUCCAACCAGGGAGAUGACACCUUUCAGACUCCUUUACCAAUCAUUGGAUCCUUGAGGAGAACAAGACACAAAGACAGUGGUAUGACCUCUCAAACCAGAACAUCACCAAGCGUAUCGAGAACUAGCUCUCCCAAUCGUUACGGGUUUGUAGCCAAUCAGCAUCAACCUGGAGUAGGUGAUGAUGGAGGUCAUCAACUGUUUCAGGUUAUUCCUUGCAACAGAAGGUCAGUUUGUGGACCUUAUUCUGAUUCUUCGGGCGUUUACAGUGUCUUCGCUGAUCAUAUAUAUGAAUCCAUUGAAGAUGAUGUCAGAGGAAGUUCUACUCGUAGUGAUUGUGACCAUCGGCCAUCCAUGGUCAAACAGUCUCCUCCAGCAGAAAAUUAUUACGGCGACCAUUCCGAUCUUAGCCAGCAUUCUUCAUCUAGUGGAUAUGACCAGCGACCUCUACUGGUGACGUCAAUUCCAGAAAAACCACACCCGACAACAUCUAAUCAGCUAGUGUACGGAAUGAAUCUAACUCACGAUAACUAUUCACUAACUUCCACUCCAGAGUUUCCAAGGCAACAACAAAGAGACAGAAUUCAUGGUAGUGUCCGUAGAAAUCCCAACUGUGAUAAAAUACCGAAUGUUCACAUGCUUAACACAGCUUCUCCAAAACUCAUCCACGAAUCUACCAUAGACACAUGUGGAAAUCAGAAUCAGCUGAUCUCAAAUAUCGACCCAGAAGACUGGACGCCAGUUCUGCCAGAUCUUCUCCGUUCUCCUCCAGAUAACGUUGUCAUGGCAAUUUUAGAUGGAGAGAAGGUAGUAAACCGUCUUCAUACAGACGUAGGAAAUGCAGAAGAUACACGGGAUCAAUCUUUUCACAAACUUAGUACUUAUUGUUGAAAAUGAAGAGCGUUGUAAGGUUAUUUUCUGUCCUUAACGAUGCUGUGUGUGUGUAUUUUUGUCAGUCAGUGCGUCUUUUGAGCAAUGAAUAUUUGCUUCAAGAAAAAUAAAAAUGGUGUAGUGCAUUUAAGUGUGGAAUCCAAAGAAAGGUGUUAUAUAAGGAACACCAAGUAAACCAAAAGGCCAGGUGCACUAGGCAUAGAACUUUUGAAGUGCCGUAGUCUACAAUACUAGUCCAUCCACGGUAUAAAAUUAAACACGAGGGAAGGGAUUGAAAGUAUUUGUCAGUGUGUUACUCUGAUCCAUUCUCUGUAAGCAUUAUGUUUUGUAAACCAAUCUUCAAAAUAAAAAGAAAAGAGUUUUUUGAGUGUGAGGCACAAGCCUAACGUUCUGUGAAACCUAAUUGCCCUGGAAGAUCUAGAUGUGAUACAUUUUGUAACUAGAUCAAAAAUGUGAUGUAUAUAUAUAUAUAUAUUUGACCAAUUAUAGAGAGCUUUGCAUGUUGAAGAGACGUACACUUGACGUACUAUUUAAAGACUCAGUAAGAUGUUGCUAUUUUUUCUCUUCAGCUUCUUAAGAUAAGCUACAUGGAUGAUAUAUAUAUUAAGGGUUUGUGUGAUAGUAAUUUCAGAUCAUUUACGUUAAUCAAGAUUUUUGUGUGUAAGGAUUCUGGAUAUUCAAAGAUAUAGGAGUAAUGGAUCCUAUAGAAAAAUACUGAUAAUGAUUUUUGGUGUUCGUCAGUAUCAGAGUGAGAAGAAUAAGCCAGUUUAUCCCGACUUAUGGUUUUGUUACCUCUCAUUCUUAACACUAUUAGCCAUAAGGAUUCCCGAGAAUGUUAAGAAACGAAACAACUCCCAAAGUUAAGUUUUUGUAAUUAGAGUUUAAAGUGACCCAACAGGUUCAAAAGAGCGGGUGAAAAAAAUCCAUCAAAACGUCUAGAAUUCUUAUUCAAUGUCAGUGAUACAUUAUCUUACUGUGAUGCUACUCAUAUAUUGUAAAUUUUUGUGGACACAGUAUAUAUCCUUCGUGUGGUUCAAUAAGUAAAGAACUUUGACUUACUUAAUUAGUUGUCUCUGCACACACUUCUCACUACAUAUAGAUAUAAUAACAAAACAGUAUACACCAGUAGUGUAACCACAUUUAUCGUAUUGAAGUGUUCUGAAAAGAAAAUAUAUGAAAACUUAGAACUUUUUAAUAUUGUAAGAAGAUUAAUUUAAUCAAAAGUAUUUCUUACGCAUUGUGAUUUUAAAAUUUUCCUAACUUAUAUACAAAUUUAUCUUGUUUU